UAUAUAUAUAUAUGUGUGUAUGUGUGUGUGUAUCUGUGUCUGUGUCUGUGUGUCUGUGUCUGUGUCUGUGUGUCUGUGUCUGCAUUUAUAUACUCACAAAUUCGCCCAUAUGUAAUUGUUUAAUUGUGGCGUCGCAUAAUAUUCUCUACUGUAAAUUAAAGUGUCUCUGUGUAACGAAAUGUAACUUGCUAUUUAUUCCACAGCCAUGGUGGAGGAAGACGCAUGGACCAGGCACUGAAGGGACCAAUCAGAUGUGUGUUUUGUGAAGACGAAGUGGCCACAGAGACGUUCUUUCCAUGUAGACAUCUUUCGCUGUGUAAGAAAUGCUGUCUCCCAAAGAUACCUAAACGAUGCCCUAUGUGUAGACAGAAUAUAACGAGCAAAAAUAGUUUGGUUGGUCCAAAUUCGUCAAAGAUGGAAGUCCAGAUGGUGGCAGGACCAGUUGGGAGUCCAGAGCUGAAGGAGAAGGAUCUUCUGAGAGUGGCUAAGAGGUUAGGAAGAGAUUGGUGGCAAGUCGCGAUUGUUUUAGGAGUUGAUACAACUAAACUGAAAAUGAUGAUGAGUCUAUGUGACGUUAAAACAAGGCUACCUGAUGCUUUACGAAUGGUCAAAAAUUGCGACCCAGAAACACGGACACACGCAACAUUAAGUGCAGCUCUUGAAGAAGCUGAAUGUUUCGCUGCGAUGGAAUGUCUGUCAUUAGACGCAAAGUGA